AUGGAGCCGGUGACGGCGGCCGCGGCGAGCGAGGAGCAGGUGACGCGGCGCGUGGCGAGCAGGAUCAUCAGGGCGCUGCAGCACCAGCUCCGGCUGCUGCACCGCGCCGGGGCGGAGUUCUUCGUGCUGGGCGCGACGGGGAACGUGUACACGGUGACGCUGGCCACGACGCCGGCGUGCACGUGCCCGGACCCCGCGGUCCCGUGCAAGCACAUCCUGUUCGUGCUGCUGCGGGUGCUCGGCCUGUCGCUCGACGAGGCGUGCGUGUGGCGGCAGUCUUUGCGGCCGUGCCAGGUGGCGCGGCUCGCCGCCACGCCGACGUGCGGGGCCGCCGACGUGAUGGCGGGGCCCCGAGCGCGGGAGAGGUUCCACCAGCUGUGGUCGGCCCGUGCGGCGGCCGCCAAGGCCGAGCAGAGCCGGCGGCGGCGGGAGGAGGCCGGCGCGAGCGCGGCGUCGUCGGGGAGGCGCGACGGCGCGGCCUGCCCGGUGUGCCUGGAGGAGAUGUCGCCGCUGGCGCAGCAGCAGGCGCAAGGCGGGGCGACGGCGGCGCCGGCGCCGCAGCCGGUGCUGCUGACGUGCGGCACCUGCCGGAACUCGGUGCACGCCGAGUGCUUCGCGCGGUGGAAGCGCAGCCGCGCGAGGCGGGCGGCGACGUGCGUCGUGUGCCGGGCGCGGUGGCGGCAGCCGAGCAAGGAGCAGGAGCAGCAGCAGUACAUGAACCUGGCCGAGUACAUGAACGACGCCGCCAUUGACGGAGACGUCGAGAUGGUCGCCGACGACGGGGGCCUGUGCGCCGGAUAGCUGGUGACGUAGGCUGAUGUGAUCGUGACAUGGAUGUAAAUUAACGAAGCUGUACAUUGUGUACUAACAUAUCAGUUCGUUGCGUUUUCAUGA